AUGCUCAGUGGCUUGAAAGAUAACAUGAACUUGGAGUGUGUAUAUAUGGAAGAAGCUGGGUGGUUGAUGUAUCUGAUCACCUCUAUGAAUUGCUUUAAUGGAAAUCUUCAUCAUGGAAAUGGAGUCGAAGAAAAACCAGAAGGCAGACCUGAGAGUGCUGCACUUUCUGAGUCUUCUGAUUGA